CCACCGGACCCUUCCCUAUCAUCGCCCCCGGCUAAAGCGGCUGCUCCUCGUCCCCCGCGAGGCCUCCGCGUCCGGUGCCGUUCCUUCGAGGCCCAUCAUCCCGCAGCACUUGCAUCGGCCGAUCGGGUCGCCGCAGAGAGCUCCUCCCAAGCUCGACUUUCGUACCGACGAAAGAGUUCCUGGAUACCCCCCACGAUCUUGCGACCGCCGUCGGUCCGACUUGCGAAUCCCGUCAAUUACGUCCCUCGCAUUACCCCGGUCACGGUCCCCCAUUUGCAGCAAGUAUCGGACGAGAACCUUCCGCUCGAAGCGCAACGAGACGCCUACCCUCUCCUGACCAUCCCCGAACGGCGUCGUAGUCGACCGACCCCGUCCCCGAACAGCCUGGUGGUGGAGCGCAGCCAGGGGGAAACGGAGAGUGGACGCUCGAGCAUCGCAGUGCCUCAAGGCCAGAGGCGCAGUGGAGCAUUUGACGAUCAUCUGCUGUUGCGAGCAAUGUCCGACUCGGCUGCAUCGAAUGGGGCUCAGGAGGCAAAGAACCCUCGUGCGCCGGAACGGGCACAUCUAGGCUUUGAAUUCGCGGCAGAUGGACCAGGGCCACUUCACGAUGACCGGCCCCGUCAUAUCCAGUCGCAGUCCUCGCUGCGGUCACAGUCACACAUCGCUUCGGUGCCAUCUAACACCGGCACCCACGCCGUUGGCGAGGCCGAUGUGGCGGAGGAGUUAGCAUGGGGCCCUGCACAUCCGUGCUAUCCUCACAUCAACCCACAUGUCCCGAUUGGGUCCGAGGAGUAUAUGACAACUCGCAUUAUCCGUAUUCGGCGUGAUUGGAUGAUCAAGGGCGACUUGGCUCCGACGUUUUCCAACCUGUAUCCCGAGAUCCUUGACCCGCUAUUACCCGAGCAGGAGUUUCGGAAGGUGAUCGCCACGGUGAAUGAUGAGCUUAUCAAGGCCUUCGAUCCGUUCAGCUUCCGCAAUUUCCUUGACAGUGCUCUGAGCCUCCUCACCGGCUGGAUUUGGGAAGAUAUAGGCGCUCCCGGAAUCAAGAGUCACCUCAAACGGGUGGAGGCCUGGUUGGACCGGUGGAAUAAAGAGGUUGGGGCCAAGGAUGGGGUACAUAUCUGGAGCCUCCGCCGGACAGCAUACAUGUCGCUGGACAUCCAGAUCCCGGAUCCCAAAGUUGGCAUAAUUCGCAGUGAAGGAGGCCCGUCACUACCAGGGACUCGACCGAGCAGCGGUGUUUGACGGGGUGUUGGGAGUUCCGCCCUGGAGCAACCGUCCUCAGGU